UCUGUCACAGAAAACAAAGGAGAGAGAGAGAGAGAGGGUGGGAGAGAAGUCGCCUUCCUCGUUGCUUGAACAUUCCACUUCUCUGCAACCCCACGCCUGCACGAUAUGUACAAGUAUAGCUGUAUAUUAUGUUUUCUUUAAUCCCAUUUUGCCCCUUGCUUGUCUCUCAACAAGACCUACUUCAUAUCAUCUCAAUCUUGAUGUAUAAAUAUAUAUAUAUAUAGCCAUAUUUAGAAUAGCUACUUAGAUAGCCCCCCAUCUCUCUCUCUCUGUGUUUUGUAUCUGUAUAUAGCACGCUCACAACAUUAAUAAAAGAUAAGAAAAGUUUGGCCUUCUUUUUCUUGAAUAGAACAAUAAGAAUUUGAAUUGCUGUUUUUAAUAUCUUUCUACCACAAAGAAAAUGCCUGGACUUGUAGCUAUGGAUUCAAUACUUGGAGACAGAGUAUUAGAUCAUGAGGGUGGAGAAUACUCGCCUUACAAGGGAAGCUUAAGCCAGCAAAGGUCUCCAAGAAGCACAUUGAGUCCACAUAGUCCCCGCAGUGACUCCAUUGAUCUAGUUAUUGAUGGGGUAGUUGACAUCUCUAUCGAACAGUUGUAUCACAAUAUCUGUGAAAUGCAGAGCUCUGAUCCCUCGCCUUCGAGGGCUAGUUUUUGGUCUUAUGGUGAGGAAUCGAGGAUUGAUUCAGAAUUGCGCCACCUUGUUGGAGAUCUUGGAGAAGUGGAGAUAAUAACGAAAGAAGUGGUAAUGGACAAUAAAGAAGAUGGCAAUGUUGGUGACUUCACUCCCAAGAAAGAUACUAAUGGUUCUGUUGAUAAAAGCUCUGCAAACAAGGACAGAAUUCGAGCUGCAUUUCUUAAGAAGCAGCUUUUCCGCUUGCAAUCAGAUAUGGGGGCUUCAGCAAAAUCUAGCCCUAAGAGCAGAUCACCCCACGAGAAGCCUCCACUUGAUAGGAGGCUUGAUAAGAACAUGAGAAAGUCAAAUGCAGGUUUACACACGAAGAAGCAGAGGAAUUUUGGUUCUGUUGGGGCAAAGUUUCAGAAUGGAGCUGAGCAUCCUCUUGAGGUAGGAUUAGAUAACCCUGACCUUGGACCCUUCUUACUCAAGCAAACGAAGGAUAUGAUUUCUUCAGGCGAAAAUCCACAGAAGACUCUUGAAUUUGCUCUUCGAGCAACAAAAUCGUUUGAGGUUUGUGCAAAUGAAAAACCCAAUUUAGAGCUUGUCAUGUCCUUGCAUGUUUUGGCAGCGAUAUACUGCAGCUUAGGCCAAUAUAAUGAGGCCAUUCCUGUUCUUGAGCGAUCAAUUGAGAUCCCAGCAAUUGAGUAUGGCGAAAAUCAUGCACUCGCUAAGUUUGCUGGAUGCAUGCAAUUGGGUGAUACUUAUGCAAUGCUAGGUCAGAUUGAGAAUUCAAUUCUUUGUUAUACAGCUGGUCUAGAAAUCCAAAGACAAGUCCUUGGAGAAACAGAUCCUCGAGUUGGGGAGACUUGCAGGUAUGUGGCCGAGGCUCAAGUUCAAGCAUUACAAUUUGAUGACGCUGAGAAGCUUUGUCAGGUGGCACUUAGCAUCCAUAGGGAGAAAGGUGGUCCUGCAUCGCUUGAAGAUGCAGCAGAUAGGAGGCUUAUGGGACUUAUAGCUGAAGCAAAAGGAGAGUAUGAAACUGCUCUUGAGCAUUAUGUUUUAGCAAGCAUGUCCAUGGCAGCAAAUGGAUUGGACAUAGAUGUGGCUUCAAUUGAUUGCAGCAUUGGAGAUGCAUAUUUAUCUUUGGCACGAUAUGACGAGGCUAUUUUUGCUUAUCAGAAAGGGCUCACAGUGUUCAAGUCAAGAAAAGGGGAGAAUCAUCCAGCAGUUGCUUCUGUUUUUGUACGUUUAGGUGAUUUGUAUAAUAGGAUAGGGAAGUUCAGGGAUUCCAAAUCUUACUGUGAAAAUGCACUUCGAAUUUAUGAAAAGCACAAUCCUGGGAUCCCUGCAGAAGAGAUAGCCAGUGGACUUAUCGAUAUUUCUGCCAUCUAUCAAGCUAUGAAUGAGUUGGAACAGGCACUAAAGUUACUUAAAAAAGCUUUGAAGAUAUAUAUCAAUUCUCCUGGUCAACAAAUCACAAUUGCAGGAAUUGAAGCCCAGAUGGGAGUCAUGUACUACAUGAUGGGGAAUUAUGAUGAUUCUUACAGCACCUUCAAAAGUGCCAUUUUGAAGUUUCAAGCAAGUGGAGAGAAGAAAUCUGCAUUGUUUGGCAUUGCUUUGAAUCAAAUGGGUCUAACCUGUGUGCAGCGUUAUGCGAUAAAUGAGGCUGCAGAUCUAUUUGAAGAGGCAAGAAGCAUUUUGGAGAAGGAAUAUGGACCUUGUCAUCCUGACACCUUAAGGGUCUACAGCAAUCUAGCAGGCACCUAUGAUGCAAUGGGAAGGAUUGAUGAUGCCAUUGAAAUUUUGGACUAUAUUGUUAGCAUGAGGGAGGAGAAGUUAGGAACAGCAAAUCCUGAUGUGGAUGAUGAGAAGCGAAGGUUAGCCGAAUUGUUGAAAGAUGCAGGAAAAGUCAGGAACAGGAAAUCCAGAUCACUAGUAACCCUCCUUGACAAAGAACUGCAAAUUAUACAGGAUAAUGUCAAUGAGGUAUAAUAAUACUAGUUGUGUAUAUAUUCACGCUUGUAAAAUACGUCUUAGAGUUAGGUUGUUGAUUUUGUUUUUGUUUUGGUCAGAUUCCUGUUGGUAUUUUGGGAAAUUAAAUAAGCAGCAAGAACAGGAAUCAGAAAUUUGUUUAAAGUGUUCCAUAUAUAAUAAUAUCCUUUUUAGCAGGGUGGGGUGGGGAAAACAAACAAACAAAAAAGUUGCUUUUAUGCUUUAUUGUUGAUGGAACUGAUGAAAUUUCCUUCGACACAAUCUUCUUUGUAUGGCUUAAUCUUGAAUAAAGAAAUAAAUGUUGUAAUAUCAUUUUCUUCUA